UCUCUUGGCACGUAAAUGGCACGUGAAGCUCGCCAAGAGAGCCAUUCAAUCUGCGUUGUGUGAGAAAGUUUCCAAGCCCCGGCCACGAAUCGACUCGUUCUCGAUCUACACAUCGAAUACAUACACAUACACAUGCAUACAUACAUUCAUACGUAGCAGAGAGAUUCGUUUUCCUCGUAGCCUUUGCUGCGAGAUCAUUCGUGCACGUACUUCUUUUCCGCGCGAAUAGAAGCGAAGGAAGUAGUGUGCGAAUAGGCGAAAGGAUGGGAAUUGGGGAUCUCAGGAAGCCCCGAUGUUCUUAGUAUUGUUGACAUGUGUCGUUGGUACACUUUCAUUGGCGGGCAAUGAUCGAGGCGUUCCAAAUUCGGUACAACGAAACCAAAGAUACGCCUUGAGCGAAUUUCUGAUCCCACCGCCGCUACCACAGUUGCCAUCACGUGUAUUUCCCGGAGGAAGGACUGGACGAACUGUUAAUCCACAUCCUGCUGAAUCUCUUGGUUAUUUUUCAAAGUUCAUAAGUUGGUUAAAUCCGUUUACUAGUGGUACUACCGCGGAAACACCUCUACCUCUACCUCCUGAAACGCUCCAUCCGCCAAAGUUUAUUCAAUCACACGUGCCACCAUUACCACCAUCGGGGCAACCAUCUGGACUGCCACUAGCAACGCCUCAAGUUUACAAUGUACUACCACCACCUGUCUUUGACAGACCACCAUUGCCUCAACCGCCAUCUCCUGCAGAUAUUUACAACAAUCUAAAUCCACAAGCCAAAAACAAGAAUUGUAAUCCGUGCAAUAAAGUUCCUUGGUUACCCAUGAAUCAUGGAGGAGCUUACCUUCCUCCAAGCAAUCAAGAUGGACAUAUCGGAGUCGUGGGUGGAGAAUAUCUUCCACCGAGUAAUCACGGACUCGUUGCUGCGGCAUCUCAAGAAGUCAAAAUACCAGAUUUCUUUUACGCACCACCUUUACAAAACGGAGAAAUUCCACCGAUCGGACCUCUACCGAAUCCACAUUUGUAUCCAGGUCCCAUGCCUCCUCUGUUCAAAGCAGAAAUAUUUGAUUAUCCUUCACAAUCGAAUUAUCCUACUAAAGGAAAUUUACUACAUCACGAGGUACCCAUAUCGACUGUUAUUGAAACAAGUCCAUCGUUACCUUUGGGAACAUCGAACGAUCAAACGAACAACUCCGGUGAUAGAAAUUUAGGAAUUCCUCAAGAAGGACAAACUAUUUUCGAAAGUCAUCAAGUAUCUGGUUCAAGAUUAAGUCAUAAUGAAUUUGGUAAUCAAGGAUAUGGUGGAGUUCAAAUAGACUCUUUUUCUAGUGCUUCUCAUGAGAAUCAACAAGGAUCCGUGGUUCACCCAAAUUUUAAUAAAGAAAAUGAUGCAACGUCGAUUAAACAAAAUUUCGAUGAAUCCAAGAUAAACCAGUUUACAGAACCCAAUACAUCCGGUAAUUUCGAGCAUACAAGUUUCGGGAACAAUCAACAAUUCGUUGAUUCUUCUGGAUUGGAUUUUCAAAGAACCGAUCAGACUGUUCUCCCAUCUGUAAUAGGAAAUGAUCAUUAUGCAUUUGGAAAUGCAGGAUCGGGACAGCAAACAUAUAAUGGUGAUAUAUCAUCUAGUAUCGGUACAGUGAAAGAUUCCCAUGCGUCAGGUACUAAUGUAGAAAAUCCAAUAUAUUUCGAAGAAUCGCCAUUGACGGAUUUAACGAAGACGAGUGAAAGUCGUACGGAUUCGCCCUCGAUAUCAUCCUCUCCUGCUACCUUCAUUGAUCUUGAUGGAGAACAAAAAUCUAAGGCAACCUUGGAUUAUGAAUCGAGAUCGAAUUCUUUCCAAGUACAACAAGAAAUUAAUCGAUUAGGAUCAUUGGGUGGUAGUAACGAUAGUUUUUUGAAUUAUUCAACAGAAAGUAAUGUGAUCAAAGACUUGUUCGGAAUUGACAAAAUUAAUGAGCAAACAUGGAGAAAUACUAAACCGACUACUUUGACUGCGGGAGGUUUGCAGAAUUUUGAUACUUUAUUCGUAGCGCCACAAGGACAAUUAACUGAUUCUUGGUCAGUCGUUUUGUCGACGACCAUGAGGACGACGCAAGAUGAAACUUUAUUAGAUAAUUUAGGAAAAAACAAAGAUACAAAUAGGGAAGAUCAUAGUUUACAGCAGUAUGGAGGAAAGAGAAAUAAACAGGUACAGGUAAUAAUUCCUUACACGUCUCAAUAUACUCCGUUACCUUUCCAUUCAUCCUAUGACGAUAAAGAUAAUGUGAAAGUAAAUCAACAACGGACAGUAUCUUUCGUGGACGUAUCGAAUCGUGAUAAUUAUGUCAGUCAAGAGUCUAGAAGCGAGAGUAAGGUGAUAAGUCUUCCAGAAACGGUGACAGUUUCUAGCAAUUUGAAUAUUUUGGAUGAUCAUACGACGAAAGUUGCGACGACGACGACUGAAGCUGUCUUUAAUAUUAGUACGAAGAAGGUUAACAAUUCGAUAGACGUUCAUAGAUUACAAAAGAAUAUCGACAAUUGGACGAUACAGGAAUAUUCUCGAGGAACCACUUUUAGCACGAUCUUACCCAGUUCCCGUCCUUAUCUGCAACCAUCGAAAAAAAUACCUAAUGAAUAUUUCACGACAACGGAAUCUGGCGUACAUGUGGACGAUUUGAACGAUCAUGAAGGAAAUGUAAGAUCUUUUGCAUUGGCUGGAUUCAGUUUUAACGAUAUUGAGGAUGAGGGACCUAAUUCAUUCGAGGAAUCUAGGAUACAGGCUAUACACGUUGAAAAUCCAACAACUAAAACGGAAUUUAAUACGUCGAAUGUAAACGAAAAUAAGUCGAACGCGACCACGAAGAAACAAGAAAGUUCUUGGAAAAGUUUUCCAGUGUCGAUUUCGACGGUCGAUAAGGAACGAGUCUAUGUCGUGACUCCUCAGACAACUACGACCGUUGCAACCGAGCGUCGCGAGGAGGAAAAUAAAUCGAGCACGAAGAGCUCGAAGAAAGGGAGCGUAGUCUAUUCGAAGAGUAUCGAGAAUAAGCAGGACGAGUUCGAGAAGAUAGAGAGAGCUUAUCAAGUCCUACCACAGGCUGUAAAUAAUUUAGCUGUGGCUUCUACGGGUCCGGAAACCCUUCCUUUAUGGGGAAUAAUGGAACACGAAGAGUUUGCCUCGUUAGGCCAAAAUGAAGACGAGAACAAUGACGAUGAGUCAAUAGUGGCGCCUAUCCUCUACGCCGGACAUUCCAAGGUUUCACGGGCUAGGCGAUGACUAGAUAAAAGACUUUCGAUUGUAUAAAGACUUUUCGUGUUCUUGUUUUGUCGCUGAUAUAACUUCGUAUAGCGCAUAGAUAAGUAAUAUUUGCGAUCGCCGAAGAGCGUUUUUAUUUAUCAAGAUUUUCCGUUCAAUGCGAAGAAAAAGAAGUCGGUCAGGCGUCAACUCAAGAUAAAUGGACAAAUCACAAUUUCUCAUGUGCGAGAUAUUUAAUUAAAGGGACAUCGAUAACUAAUUAAUUUAAAAAGUAGUGUUAAACGAACGCGUGACUGAUAGUGAUUGAUGAUAUGAGGAUACAAAACACAACGUGUUUUGUUAUUUUCUAUCAGCUCAUAUGGUAAUAUGCAUUAGUUAUUUAUCUUCCAUAUGUAUAAAAUAUCCAACGCCAGGACUUGCGAAAAUAACAGUAGGGAUUUUAUUUCUAUGUUCAAUAUUUAUUCAUCACACUACAUCAGAUUUCUUUCAUUCGUUUGUCGGUUAGAGAUUUUUUCUCAGGGUCAUUGAAUUUUCAUCCAAUAAAGUCAUUUAGGAUUUUCAUCAUUA